AUGAGCGCGAAGGCCGAGCCGAAGGACGUCGUGGGCCAGCUGACGUGGAUCGUCAAGGAGGGGCUCAUUGAGUACCAGAAGACGCCCCUCAAGGUCCGGAUGGUGGACGCCUUCGUCGGCUUCGAGCUGGGAACCGCGGCUAUCCUCUUCCUCUACAUGCUGCUGUACGGGACGUUCCCGUUCAACUCGUUCCUAGCCGCUUUCCUGGGCUCGCUGGCGAUGUUCUCGGUGACGCUGUGCCUGCGGAUGCAGAUCGACCCCGUCAACCGCUCCUUCUUCCCCAGCGUGUCGAGCGAGCGCGCGUACGCCGACUUCGCCGUCGCCAACGCCCUGCUGCACCUCGCCGUGCUCAACUACGUGGGCUGA